GUUCAAAGACGGGGACACAGGAAUGUCCUUCUCUGGCGUCUCGCAUGCUCACGACUUGUAGCCAAGACCGCCUAAACCGAGACCAAGACACUACCAAGACCAGAAUAUCAAGACCAAGACCAAGACCAAGACAGACCAAGUCAAGACCAAGACUAGUUCAGAUCAAAACUGAGGCCGACACAAGUAAGUAAGAUGAGAAAUACAAGGUCAGGAGUGGGUGACUGCUGAGGGAUCAACAGCAACUGAUCUGAGACCAGAGGGGAACUCUCAUUUGAGGUUAACCGAGGGAGUUUUUGGAGAACUGUUCUCAGGAGGCUUUUCCCUUAUUGAGAUGUCACUGAAACAAGCAGAAGGGAUGUCCAUCACCCAGGCUUUGGCCAUGACUGUAGCAGAGAUACCAGUCUUUCUGUAUUCCACGUUUGGGCAGUCCCUAUUUUCGCAGCUAAAGCUUUCCCCGAACCUGAAGAAGGUGCUGUUCGCCACAGCGCUCGGCAGCGUGGCCUUAGCUCUCACCGCUCAUCAGCUAAAGAGGCGUGGGAGGAAAAGGAAAAAGGUACAACAAGGGAAGGAGGACCAGAAGACUGUUGGAAUACCUGAAUCGCUGUUGAAGACAGGAAGACCUUCAUCCCUGAAAAGAGGCCCGUUAACUGGCCGACUAGUGAUGAGCCCCAGCUCCCGGAGCAAUGACACCAUGAGUGGAAUCUCCUCCUUAGCUCACAGUAAACACUCGAGCUCAUCACACAGCGUGGGAUCUACUCGAGUCCCAAGCUCUCCAAAUCAGUCUGCUAAUCUGUCCACACCCUGGGAGACACAAGCUGUAAUGGAAGAGUCGGCAGCGGCGGAGGAUGCUAAUACAGAAAACCUGUAUUUAUUGGGAAUGGAGCUGUUUGAGGAAGCGCUUCAGAAGUGGGAGCAAGCUCUGAAUAUUCGUCAACAUUCCCGCUCCACAUCCAGCAACAGCUGCCUUGUUCUGCAGGGUGCAGCAUGUGGCGACUUUUCCAUGUCUGAAGACCAUAAUAAAGCGUUUGCUGAGAAGUUAGAGACGCUGCUUCACAGGGCGUACCACCUACAGGAGGACUUUGGCAGCAGUAUCCCGUCAGACAGUGUGUUGGCAGAGUUUGCAGAGAGCGAAGGAACCUUUAUCUUACCUCAAGUGGAGAGUUUCCACCGACUGCAAGAUGAUGACGGGACUACGGUUAGCUCUGAUGACUCCUUUUUCUCCGCUGCAGAGAUUUUUGAUAGCAUGACAUUAGAGGAGACUUAUCAGCCAACGAAGCCAGCAGCUCUUUAUGAAGAAGCCUUGUCUCUGGUCCAGGAGGACAAAGUAACCUAUAGAUCCUUGAGAACUGAAAUACUUGAAUGUUACGGUGACCAAGAUUUCCUUGCGAAGCUUCACUGUGUGAGACAAGCAUUCCAGCUCCUGUUGUUAGACGAAACUCACCGCACAUUUUUCAUGGAAACUGGGAAACAGAUGGUUGCAGGGCUAAUGGUAAAGGCAAACAAGAGUCCCAAAGCUUUUCUAGAGAGCUAUGAAGACAUGCUGCUUUAUACUCAGAGAGAGGAAAUGUGGCCCAUCAUUAAGAUGGAGCUGGAAGGUCGAGGGGUGACGUGUAUGAACUUCUUUGACAUAGUGUUGGAUUUCAUCUUGAUGGAUGCAUUUGAAGACCUCGAGAGCCCUCCUUCCUCCGUGGUAGCCGUGUUGAGGAACCGCUGGCUCUCAAACAGCUUUAAAGAGACGGCUCUGGCAACUGCCUGCUGGUCUGUCCUGAAAGCCAAAAGGCGUCUGCUCAAGGUUCCUGAUGGGUUCAUCUCCCACUUCUAUUCCAUAUCAGAACAUGUAAGCCCAGUUUUAGCUUUUGGGUUUUUGGGACCUCGGCAGCACCUCACCGAAGUUUGUACCAUUUUCAAGCAACAAAUAGUGCAGUACCUGAAGGAUAUGUUUGAUCACGACAAAGUCCGCUUCACCUCCACUCAGUGCUUGGCUGAGGACAUCCUGAAACUUUCCCACCGCAGGAGUGAGAUCUUAUUGGGAUAUUUGGGAAUUGAUGGCCUUCUAGAGCUCAAUGGUGCUCUCCCCAGAGACCCAGAGAGCCCCUCUGGGACCAAUUAAGGUGCUUAUGGCUUGUUUGGCUGACAAGCGGGAACGACAAGAAACUGCAACUUAGUUCGUAUUAUCUUCUUAUGUUAAGACUGGACCGACUCCGGCUUCGGUGACACACUGAGAACCAGAAUGUCAGUCAUCUGAACUGAUUAAACAGAACUAGCGUAAUAUGGUUCUAUUUCACUACAUUUGUAGUGUCGGAGGUCCUUCUGCUAAUAAAGAAUACCAUGUGGAUCCAGUGACUCCACUUCUCACCCCAUGUUGCUGCUUUCAUGCAUUGCCAGAUGCGACUGUAAUCAUAUGAUCACAGACGUGAGGACUUGUCUCUGCCUUGUUGGGCGACAUUGAUAAUCGUAACAGUCUUUCGACACGUGAGGAAGGAUAUCUUGAAGCUGCAUUUGAAUUGUUUUAGUGUUGUUUUUAAAAAAAAAAAAUCAAAAUGAUCAGUUUUUAUCUAGGUGGACAGAUAGAGCCAGUGUCCCGUCACAACAAAAGUACAUGCCUGUCCAGCCCAUCACAGAAAAAAACAAAACAGCAGUGAAAUGAGGUGCAUAUUAACAGAAUACCAAAUGUUAAAACAAAGAGCUUUAAUCCUACAUGCUGCAGUACCACUUCUGGCCACAUGGGGGCAUAAAGGUUUGCAGUGUGGACAAAAGAGGUGCUGACAUACCUGAUGACAGGAGACAGCUGGGCACAUCUUGUAAUACCACUUUGUCCCACUAGAGGUGCAGUUUGAUGGGUCUUUUUUUUUUUGUCAUGGCAGGGAUCCAGUGGUGUGUGCGUUCAAUAACAAAUGGGAAAUCAGAACUUUAACCCAAAUCCUUAAUUCUCUCUUGAGUGAACAAAAAAAGUCUGAAGUACAACAAAUGCAGUAUGAUUAAAGGUUAAAGAUGAAGCGACUAGAUAACGCUACUCGGACCUUGGCUGAUGAUGUAACGGUACCCAUCUAAUCUAAACCACAAACUCCCUGUUAUUUAUUUAUUUUUUGACCAUGUGGUCCUAAACAAAGUCAAGGGUGGUGUUUUUUUGUUGUCAAUCUCUUAAGACACUCAAAUAAAUGCUCUCCAGCAAGACAACUCUCAACUCUCAGAAAUCAUUUUUUUUUGGGUUAAUUUUCUUGUUUAAACCCGAAAUAGUUUAUCACACAGAUACACAGCUUGUUCAUUGUCGUUUAUGCAUUUUUUCUCCAAGUGUAUUGUGGCAUUGAUCCAAAUAAAGCUGAUGUUGCAGAAGACCUGUUAGAUUCAAUCUCACUGAAUUGUUCACUGAAUUUUAAUGGUUUUGGAAAGAGGCAGUAAUGCAUUUGGAUCUCUGAUUUGUAUUUUUUUUUUAGGCAUUUAGUUUUUAAGCAUUUUGCACUUUAACAGACUGAAGAAAAUGCAGGAAUGUCCAACAAGUCGGGGUUUUUUUUACAUUUAAAGAGCUCAGAUUUAUCAACUCGUAAUUAUUGCAUCACAUGAUUGAUGGACCGAUGAUAUAUAAAUACUGUACAGUGGAUAAAUUAUCUUUCCAAGAAAUAUAUAUUAAGGAACUAGCUUGUUUUUACUAUCAUAAGGUUUUGUUGAAAUGUCAAACUUGAAAUUUUUUUCACAUCUGUUGUCUGAUCCUCGAUGAGCUGCUUCAAAAUACGUUGCCACUUGUUUGAGUCGUAUUCUAAAAUAUAGAUGUGUAUGUAAAUGAAAGAGGUUAUGGGAAAAAAAAUGUUGACCUUUAUCACUGACUGAUUAGUUGAACUGCCUCUGCAUGUUAACGGUUACUGUAGACCCUCUGAUGUCCUUCAGAGUACCAUGAAAACGGUAGAUGUCUCAGUCCAUGUAUCUUUUAAACAUCCCGAAUAGAAGAAAGCAAAAAGUUUUGCUUUCUUCUCUAUGUUCUCUAUGUAACCAUACAUUCAGCAAUGUUAUUGUUUGUCAAGGAUUUUAGAUGGCCAAAGUGUGAAGUUUUGUUUUUUUGUGUGUCUUUUGUAAUUAUUGAACAUUAUAAGUGUCCUACUCAUGCCUUUUUCUAAAUUCUGAUACUACAAUGAUGGCACAACCUGUAAACCAAUUAAAAUUCUCCAUAUUAAAUGUUAUUU